AUGGGACAGACAUUCUCCGCGUUGCGGUGCUGGAGCGUGGACGCCGCCAAGGCCGCGGACGCGUUCGACGACGUCGCGUCCUCGCCGCUCGCGCCGGGCCCCGAGGUCGCGCGCCUCGGCACGGACCUCCUCGCGCGCGUCCAACCCUCGUCGUCGUCCUCCUCCUCCUCGUACGGCGUAUCCCCGCACGCGGUGUACGUCGCCCUCGCGCAGAUCGCGCAAGGGGUCACCCCGGGCAGCGUGCACGCGAGAGAGUUCGCGCGCGUCCUCGGCGCGGGCGCGGAAGAGGACGAGCGCGGCGACGUGCGCGAGCUGCACGAGCGCGUGAAAGCGUCCGACGGGGUGAGGCUGCUCGUCGCGAGCUCGGUCUUCGCGCGGAGCGUUCCGCGCUUGGUGAACGACGACGACGACGACGACGACGACGACGCGUCGAGCGCGUCGUCCGCGGAGGCGUAUCAAGACGCGGUGGAAGAACACGACGCCGACGUCCUCGACGACGACGACGACGACGACGACGACGACGACGACGACGGCGACGUCGACUCCGUCGCGUCGUCGAUAGACAUCAUCAAACCGACGUACGUGCGCGCGCUGAGCGAACGCCUCGGCGCGCGAUCGAAGACGCUCGGGCACAACGCGGUCGCGGUCAACGCGUUCAUCGCGUCGCGGACGGACGGACGCGUGAAUCGAAUCGUGGACGACGACGUCUUAAACGACGCCGACGGUCGAAUUCUGCUCCUCGUCGCCGCCUGCGUUCGAGGCGUUCGCUGGCGCGUCCCGGGGUUUCAUAAAAACGCAUCAAAACCGGGCGUUUUUAGGACCGGGCCGAACGACGAAGACAUCCAAGCGUGCGUGAUGAUGCGCGCGAAGCUCAAGACGCCGCACGUCGUGAUGUGGGACAAGAGCGAAGCCGUCGCCCUCGAAUACGGCGGCGGCGGAGACGGAGGCUCGGCGACCUCCGCGGCGACGUCGACGCGCGCGGUCCUCUACCUCCCCCCCACGAACGAGGCGUCGCACGUCAUCGAAGGCGACGGAGGCGGCGAUUGGUCGUCCGCGAUCGACGCCGCGCGCGCGAUGACGCCCGGGAAGUGGAGCUCGAUAUCCGCGCGGGUGUCGCAGCCGGACGCGCGUCGCGACGUCGACGUGUCGGUGCCCAAGUUUACGGUGUCCGCGGGGCCGAUGAGUUUGGAACCGGCGCUGCGGUCGAUCGGUCUGAACGCGGUGUUCGAUCGACCGGGCGGGUUGACCGCGCUGAGCGACGACGAAGAGAUGACGAUACGCGAGGUGAUACACGAGGUCGUGGUCGACGUGGACGAGGGCGAGGAGCCUGACGACGAUUCCCACGCGGCGGCGGCGGGCGAAUCGAAGCCGACGCGCGGUCGCGCGCGCUGCUGUUCGCGGGCGUCGUGA